UGUCAAUAGACAGUACAAACCAAUAAUAGUAGAAGUUGCACCAUGCCUACCAUUCCAGUUGACAAGUCCGACCUCUUUGAGUUGCUUGGCAAGACCUACACCACCGAAGAGUUUGAUGAAUUAUGUUUCGAAUUCGGGAUCGAACUUGAUGAAGACACCACUGAAGAAUGUCAAAAUGGUGAACGUCCUCAAUUAAAGAUUGAAAUUCCAGCUAACCGUUACGAUAUGUUAUGUAUCGAAGGUAUUGCACAAGCGCUUAACGAGUUCUUGGGCACUUCCAAGACCCCUGAGUUCAAGUUGAAGCCAGAACAACCAACCAUCAAGUUGACUGUUGAUCCAUCCACCGAACAAAUUCGUCCAUAUGCCGCCGCUGCUGUUCUUAGAGGGGUUAAGUUUGACGAAAGACGUUACCAAUCCUUCAUUGCUCUUCAAGAUAAACUCCAUACCAACUUGUGUCGUAAUAGAACUCUUGUUGCCAUGGGUACUCAUGACUUAGACAAAUUACUGCCACCAUUCACUUACGAAGCCUUGGCUCCAAAGGACAUUGUCUUUGCUCCUUUGAACCAAACCAAGGUGAUGAACGGUGAAGAAUUAAUGGAAUUCUAUGAAACUGAUAAGAACUUGGGUAAAUACUUACCAAUCAUUAGAGACAGUCCAGUCUACCCAGUGAUUUUGGACAGCACUAGAACUGUUGCUUCAUUGCCACCAAUCAUCAACUCCAACCACUCCAAGAUUUCCAUCGAUACCACUAAUGUCUUCAUUGAAAUUACCGCCACCGAUAGAACCAAGGCUGAAAUCGUGGUCAACACAUUGGUUGCCAUGUUUGCUGGUUACUGUUCUGAACCAUUCACCGUCGAACCAGUCGAAAUCGUCAGUGAACACAACGGUGAAUCCAGAGUAACUCCAAACAUCGCCCCAAGAUUUGCUCAAGCUGAAAUCCUGUACAUCAACUCUUGUUUAGGAUUAGAUUUAUCUGCUGAAGAAAUUUCAAAAUUAUUGGCCAAGAUGUCUCUUACUGCCAAGCAAUCAACUGAAGACCUGAACCUCAUCGAUGUCUCCAUUCCUUGUACUCGUUCUGACAUUCUCCACCAAUGUGAUAUUAUGGAAGAUGCUGCGAUUGCCUACGGUUACAAUAACUUGACCAAGACCAAGCCACAAAGUGAAUCUCUUGUUGCCGCUCCGCUCCCAAUUAACAAGGUUGCUGACAUUUUGAGAAUUGCCCUGGCUCAAGCUGGUUAUUUGGAAGUCAUGCCACUUACCUUGUCUUCCCAUGAUGAAAACUUCAAGUUCUUGAGACAAGAAGAUGACGGUACCACUGCUGUUGUUCUUGCCAACCCUAAGACUAUCGAAUACCAAGUUGUUCGUACUACUCUUGUCCCAGGUAUUCUUAAGACUAUCAAGGAAAACCGUAAGCAUUCCCUCCCAAUCAGAGUUUUCGAAUCUGGUGACAUUGUUUUGAAAGACCCAAGUCUUGAACGUGGUGCCUACAACCAACGUAGAUGGUCUGCCAUCUACGCCGGUAAGACAUCUGGUUUCGAAUACGUUCAAGGUCUUUUAGGUAAGAUCAUGCAAACCGUGAGAACCCCAUGGUUGGAAAACCCAAGCACUACUAGCGGUAGAGGUUACUGGAUUGUAGAAGAUAAGGACAACAGCACCUUCUUCCCAGGUAGAGGUGCUAAGGUUUUCUUCAGAGCUGGUGAAGGUGAAAAGGACCAACAUAUCGGAUCCAUUGGUGUUUUACACCCAGAGGUUAUGGGACACUUUGAAAUCCCAUAUGCUGCCUCUGCUGUUGAAAUUAAUGCUGAAGUUUUCUUGUAGUUGAGAUAAAGAUAAUAGAAUAAGAGAU